AUGCCCAAAUGUUCGUUUAGCCCAUGCAAAAAUAAAACAUCUCGAUAUAAGAAGGCGGAUGGAGUGUCGUACUUUCGGUUUCCCCGAAACCCAACACAAUGUGCAAAAUGGGCAUCAAUCGUAAGCCACCAGAGGAAUGAAUCAUACAAACCAAAUAGAUCAAGUGUGGUUUGUUCAGAGCACUUUGCCAGCAAAGACUUGUAUAUUACUGAUAAGGGCAUAAAACGCAUACUAAAAACAGCUAUACCACAAAUUAAAGAAGGAAUUUGUGAUAAUGUUCCACCUAUUCAUUCAACCUCCAGCGAAAGGACUGUUAAUGAAUCACCAUUGUCUGAUGACCUUCUAGGUGAUAUGAUAUUAGAAGAACAGGCACAAGCUAUUGAAAAUAUGAUCCUUGAUAUGAAUGAUAUACCAAGUAAAACAGCCUCCAUGAGUCCACUACUGUUUGAAGAGUUUGAAGAAGAAUACAAUGAAAAUGAAUGCAAUGAUGAACUGGAACGCAUACCCAGUCCGGACAUAAUAGACCUUACGCUAGACCCCCUUGAUAGAAUUUAUUUCAGGGGAGAACUGGACAAGAGACGUAAAAGGAUGAUCGAGAUAGAAAAAGUGACUAAUGUCUCAAAAACAAAAGGUCUGAAAAAUUCAUCUAAAUCAAAGCCAUUGAAAAAGUUAAAGCAAGUUUUAAAGUCUAGAUUAUAUGCCUGGCCCAAGGUGCCUGAAAUUUACGAAGUUGAGACUGCUUUAUAA